UGCAUGACGCAGCGAGUUUUUCCUCUGGCGGCGCCUGGCGGGGGUGAGGUCGGGGCUCGGGCCUGUGACGCGUGACGCACAGGUACGUGAGGGGCUGGGGAGCCCGGCGGUCACGUGGGGCGGGCGCCGCCGCUGCCGUUGCUGCUGGUGCCAGGAGCCGCGGGUCCCGUGCGGUUGUGCGGCCGCUUCCCCCCCCCCCUUUCCCCCGCUUCCCCUCCUCCCUGCUUCCUCCUCCCCACGCCGCAUGUCGCUGGCGGCGCGCCCCGCUCCCCCUCAGCCGACCGCCGACCGUCGUCGCCACUACCACCGCCACCACCGCCGCGACCUUAGCCGCCGCCCUUGAUGUGGUUCGGGGCCGGGCGGGGAGAAAAUGCCGCCGUCCAAGUCCCGCAAGAUCGCGAUCCUGGGCUACCGGAGUGUGGGAAAAUCUUCACUGACGAUUCAGUUUGUGGAAGGACAGUUUGUUGAUUCAUAUGAUCCCACCAUAGAAAACACUUUUACAAAGCUGAUCACAGUAAAUGGACAAGAAUAUCAUCUGCAGCUGGUUGACACUGCUGGCCAAGAUGAAUACUCCAUAUUUCCUCAGACCUACUCCAUAGACAUCAAUGGCUACAUUCUUGUUUAUUCAGUAACGUCAAUAAAAAGUUUUGAAGUGAUAAAAGUUAUCCAUGGCAAGUUAUUGGAUAUGGUGGGAAAAGUCCAAAUACCCAUUAUGCUGGUUGGAAAUAAAAAAGACCUGCAUAUGGAACGGGUGAUCAGCUAUGAAGAAGGGAAAGCUUUAGCAGAAUCCUGGAAUGCAGCUUUCUUGGAAUCUUCUGCUAAAGAAAAUCAGACUGCCGUUGAUGUUUUUAAGAGGAUAAUUUUGGAGGCAGAAAAAAUCGAUGGGGCAGCUUCACAAGGGAAGUCUUCAUGCUCAGUAAUGUAAUUUCCACUGCAAAACCUGAAAACACUGGGAAUACAUUCUACCUGAAGAAGCAAAACUGCCCAUUAUCUUUAAGGAUAAACUAUGCUUCUUUUAUUUUUAUUUUUUUCUUCUGUUAACCUGAAAGAUAAACAGUUGGUUUGGAGCCUUUCCCUUCAGAUUAUGUUAAACUCUGACUCCUGUGCAAAUGGCUUCACUUCCAUUUUCAAAUUUUAAGCAAUCAUAUUUUCAAUUUAUAUAUUGUAUUUCUUAAUAUUAUGACCAAGAAUUUUACUGGCAUUAAUUUUUCAGUGUAGUUUGUUGGUUAGAAUAAUCAUCAAAAUGAUGCAUAUUGUUACACUACUAUUAACUAGGCUUGGAUAUCAGUGUUUCUUUGUGUUAAAUGUAUACUUGUAAAUAAAAUAGCUGCAAACCUUAA